AUGGCGACAGCCAAGCUGCUGCUGGACGAAGCCAGUGCUGCUCGAGAAAUGCUGCUCAGGCUCGCAGAUGAGGAACACGAACGCUGGCUGGAAUCUGUCAUGGAGCGGUUCAGCGCUAUCGAGCGAAGUAUCAAGGACUGGGACGCACAUGUGCAGCUUCCGGACAAGCAUGAGGAGGCAGAAGGCUUGGCUUCGAUGCUAAUCGUCAGCUCCGUUCGGCCGACGCAACCACCGCAGCUUGCAGAGCAGAUGGAUCCUGUGCCACCGUCGCCAGCUGCGAGGAUUGACUGCGAUGUGCCGACUGUCGACGAAAGCCAGAAGAGUGACGCAUCGCCGCGGUCGCCUUUCAGCGGUCUUCAGGACCCAGACCACACCCUGCAGCGCAUGAUCAGCCCUUCUUCCCACACAGUGGCCGCACGGGCAUCAGUGAUGGGAAGGCCACCGACGGAGGAAGAGAGCUGCUUGAGCAGGUUGGCCAUGUGGCUCCGUUUCAACCUCGACUAUUGCACAGGUUUUGUGCUGGCCAUAAACCUGAUUUUUAUGUGCGUGGAAUUGGAGUUGCAGGGAAGAGCCGCUGGGCACCUCGCAGGCGAGAGCUCGUCAUUCACCAGUUUGCAAGAAUUGAACCUCCCCCUCCGUAGUCUCGACAUUGCCUUCGACACUGUCUUUGUUAUCGAGCUGUUGCUGCGGAUGGGACUUCAUGGAUGGGCACUUUUCCGUACUUUCUCGGGCUGGUACGACCUAUCUUUGGUGGCAGUGGGCAUCGCGGACAUGACUUUAUUUGUCGCUGCCGGUGCAGACGCACAAGUGGCAGCAGUCCAUGUACUCCGAGCGGCGAGCACACUUCGUGCGAUCCGUUUGCUGCGAAUCUUCCGACUCUUCCAAGGUUUGCGCCUGCUAAUCCGGGCGUGUCACGCCUUUCUGCCAACUCUUGGGUGGUCCAUGGUUUUACUGGGAUUGUGCAUGGUGAUGAGCGGUCUCCUCGUCGGUUCACUGCUGCAGAUCUUCAUAUGGAAUGACAUGCUAGCGCUCGAGCACAAGAUUUGGGUCUUCGCACGGUAUGGCACCGCGUAUCGAUCCAUAUAUACGUUGUUCGAAAUUACCUUUGCUGGCAACUGGCCCACAAAUGUACGACCAGUUCUUGAAAAUGUCAGCGACCUAUUCGUGAUACCCUUCGUGCUGUACAUCACGAUUAUAACCUUCGCAGCAUUGCGCGUAAUUACUGCCGUGUUUUUGAAGGACACCUUGGAGGCAGCUCAAAGUGAUGCGGAACACCAAGUCGCAGAGAAGCUCAAGAGGAAGGCACAAUAUGUUGAGAAGCUGGAAGUCAUGUUCAAAGCCAUCGACGAAACUGGCAAUGGCAUGAUUACCGAGGAGCGCUUGAACCAACUACUCUGCAAUCCGACUGUGCGGGCUUAUCUUGAGACUUUGGACCUGGCUGUGCCCGAGGGCACAGCUCUCUUCCACAUUCUGGACAACGGUGAUGGUGAGGUGACAUUGGAGGAGUUUAUCGAUGGAAUUCUGCGCUGCAAGGGGCCGGCAAGAGCCAUUGAUCAGGUGGCGCUUCACGCUGACAUCAGGCAGCUAGAUCACAAACUCGCCGUUGCUGUGCAGCUGCUGAGUGACUGGGAAAGGAAUCCCGACAGAAGUGGGACUCAAAGCAUCGAUACCGAAUUGAGCCGCCUCGACAGCCGCAAGAACAAAGUGGAUGGCAUCUGCAGUCUGGCGGAAGUGCUGUCGAGGCAGCGAAAAGUCCGUCCGCAGCUGGACGGGUGGUUGAACCAGAAGGAUGCUGCCAUGUGGUUGAGCGCAGUGGACUCCUUGGCCUUCAGUUUGGAUGCUUCGGAAGUCGAAGAUGCCUUCCUCACGGUCCUUUCGGCCCAAGCUCCCGGUGCAACGAAGAGAUCGAGAAGAUCUGUGAAGAUGCUUUCCUUCCUGGCCUUGUUCGGAUUGACUGGCCUGGCAGCCGCAGGAACCAUACAUCAGCGCACAUCCAAGACUCUUGCUGCUGGCAGCUUCUUGAAGCCCGUGGAGUAUGAGCACACCUUGCGAGUGUGCAAUGCGUACCCUGGCACCGAACGGUUUCAGGUGGAGAUGGGCGGCGUCAGUAUCAUGACGGGUGCUCCGAUGGGGUACAAGGAGUGCCAGCAACUGAACUUGACGAAGCCGCUGAUGCCCGGAGAUCGCCUGGACUUCCGUGCGGACUCGCUGCCUGUGGCCACCUUCACAGUGGACUCCCUGCCGAAGUACAAUGCAGUCAUGUACGUCGCGGUCCAUCGUCGUGGCUCCACAACGGAUGCGGUUUCCUUCCAGUCCCACAUGUUCUCCACUGCAAAGAAUGCGCAAGUGGCUGUCCUCGACACCUACACAGGUGAGGCGAAGGCCGCACUACUUUUGGCCAACUCGACAGGACAGUGGGAAGGCACGGUCCUCCCUUUCGGUACGGCUUUCGGCAUUCCGGAUGGCACAUACCAGGUCAUCCUCAGCGACGGAAGUGCAGACUCGAAGAUCCGUGCUCCUUUCACUGCGGUCAAAGGCGAAAGCUACAUUGUGCUCCGUACUGGGGUGACAGAAAAGAUGACCAACAGCUCCGGCAUUGAUUACCCGCAGGAUCUCAUUGUAUUUCCUGUGACCAGCGCUGGUUGGGGACAUCGAAGCAGCGCAGGGCGCAUGCUGACCGGCUUGCUGAUGCCGAUGCUGGCUUUGAUUGCCUGCUUGUAG